AGCUACGACUGGAUGUGUCGGCGGACAGAGGAAGCGAAGAAGAGUAAGAGUCAGCCAGAGACGGAGACGAGGAUCCGGCGACCGAUGAACGCGUUCAUGGUGUGGGCGAAGGUGGAGCGCAAGCGGCUGGCAAGCGAGAAUCCAGACCUACACAACGCCGAUCUCAGCAAGCUUCUAGGUAAAGCGUGGAGGGCGCUGACUCCGAUGCUCAGGCGACCGUACGUGAUGGAGGCGGAGAGACUACGCGUCGCUCACAUGCGCCAGCAUCCCGACUACAAGUACAGACCGCGCCGCAAGAAGCAGCAAGCACGCGCUAGAGCCGCAGCGAACACUGCCGCCAGCGCCACCUACCUCGCCAGAACGGAAGAGCCACCUCCGGACUGCAUGUAUUACUGCAGUGGUGCGUGCAGCGCCCCCCGCACGCCAGUAAAAGAAGCGACAUUCCUGCAGUACGGAGCAGCGAUGUCGUAUAGCCUGCCAAGCACGCCGCUAGGUGGCGGCGAUGCGCAUUUUCCAUUUGAGGUGGCCAGUACGCCGGACGCAUCACCGACAAACCGCCCCCUAUCGGCGAGUAACGGAUGGCCGCAGUCGGCCUUCAUGUACGCUCCGCCGCUGAACGCCGACUGUGGCGCCACCACGCCGCUGAGCUUGUCCAUGGAUACGUACCCGACGCCGGAGUUGUCGCCGUUGGAGAGAAGCUAUGAGAGCUGUGGUGGUGGCGGCAGUAGCUUCCCCUUCCAGCAGCACAGCCAGGUUAACGGCCAGCUGUCACCGGUCGCACACCUGCUGAGGCGAUUCAGCGGGCAGUCCGUAGCCCCGCACCUGACGCCGCCGGCCGCCACUGUAAAGACAGAGGCGGCCGCCGCCGCGCGCACCGAGGACGGCUUCAAUCUGGUGGGCACGUGUCAACGCAUCGCUUCGCUGCAGUCGCUCGUGCACUUACCUUCCAGAUACGCCGACGUUCAGCACCCCCUCGCCGACGCGUAUCCGCGCGACAGCUACCCGUGCGACAACAUCUACGGUGGCGCCACCUCCUCCGAGUCGGCGACGAGCGAGAGCAGCGGUACUCAGCAGGGUAAGGGUUUUGUCGAAGAGCUGGAGCAGUUCAUGGAGGCAGAGCAACUGCACGAGGUCGACCGAGACGAAUUCGAUCAGUACCUGACCGGAAACAGAUGUCGCUUCCGAUCCAACGCUGCUAGUUACAAGAUUUCGCAGUGGAGUCCCGUAAAGACCAGACAGCAACCAGCACUAACGACUGCUGCGACACGUGACGACGACGAUGACGGCGACGGCGACGAUGACGAUAGUAAGGAGAAGGGCGUGGACGAAAGUGAGAAGCAGUCUAGUGCAGAGAUGCACAUGUCCGUUUACGGUACGACCGCUGGGGAAGGCGCAGCAGCAGCAGAUGAAAGCAGGUUUGGCGCGUCGGCGUUGAUAGAUGCGUUGUCGUGCGCGUCUGCGCUAUGCAACGAGCACGUGUCUUCAGGCAUAUCCACGUGACAUUCUAAUACUCACGCGACAAUAAUGCUGUAGUGUUGCUAGACUCUUACACGCGGUGUCCGAAUUGAGUUUUUAAUCAUCUUCUAUGAUUGAUGUUAAAUGGGCCCUUAUUUAGAUUUGACAAAAGUUUACUACUAGUAUGUAUAACAUUCGUAAUGAUACUCACGUGACCAUUAUUGCGUAACUAUUUUAUAUAGCCUCAUGUUAUACAGAUAAGGUUACGCAUAGAGUUAUAUUAUUAUAUUUCAGAGUAACAUGAAGCGUUAUCCUUAUCUAAAUGCUCAGCCUAUAUUAAGUUUUAUAGCUGAUAAUUUCGCUUUUAUUGUCUUAUAUAUCAUUUUAUUGCAUAUUCUCAGCUACGAGUAAAGUUUUUCUCAAGCUGCUAUCUGAAUAUUACUCUACCUGAACUUGUGUUAGUGAAUUAGCUGCUAAAUGCACUUGUUAUAAUAAAAUAUAUGUAGCGAAACCUCAAUAGUCCAUGUUUAUUAUUAGACUUCGAAUGAGACGCUACUUUCAUUCUGUGAUGUAGGUGUGACACAUUUAAUGAACACAGUUCAUGGUCCGAAUCUGAACGUUUGUGGGACUAAUGAGGGUUGUAGGAACGCUAAUGUACACUGGAUUACAUACGCAUAACGACAUCGAUUAUAAAUAGUAUACACCACUAACUGGAGAACACAACAAAACUACUCGCAAACAUACCAUAAUAAGUGAUCACCAACAAUUCAUUUAUUCACAUUGGAAAAGCUGUAUUAUAUAUUUUUGGUGCAUGUAUACAUGUAUGUAUG